UUUCUCUCUCUUUGGCGCUGUCAGCUCGUCUAUUUACAACUUCCAAAGAACACCUAAUGUCAACAACAGCUGAGUUCGCGUCACAACAAAUUGGUGCAAAAAUUCUACAAAGUGAUUACUAAUCCCGUGCGAUAAGAGUCGCAGAUCGUCGAUUGAUUUACGUGAACCUUAGCUAAUCUACAGCAUCCGGAACCGCAUGUUUUCCAAAUCCAGCACAAUGGAUACGGCCCGCCGUACCGAGGGCGAUGGAAUGGAAACUGAGGAACUGACUGGAUCGUUCACCGCCAAACGACCGUCCCUAUCAUCCAGCGCAUCAUCCACCACACUGAUACCGUCGGCAGACAUCAAACUGCCGGCCAAUUUUUCUAUCGAACGACUACUGCCACACUCAGGAUCGAACCCCGUGUACCGACCGACCGAACUCGUUACCGGUGGAAACAACUCGCUGGCCGCGAUUGUACCACGGGGCAAAGUGUUCAACCUGGUGCCACGACUCGUGUCACCCGGUGGACGACCGAAGCUGUCCACGAUGCACCACAAAGAGCCAAAGUUUGUACCGUUCGAACCGUACAAAGGUGCCGUCACGCCGAUCAUACCCGGGCGCAACCACAUCCCAGGUGGUGGAACGCGCGUCAAGCUUACCAAUCGUAACAAUUUAGACCUAAGCGUGCUCGUCUCACAGAUGUCCACCAUCGCGGACAAGGAGCUGCGCAGCAAGAUGCUGCCUUCGUCGGAAGACGAAGCGAAGCAACGGUACGAGCGUGAGCUGGAGGAACUACGCAAAGAGCGAGACUAUUUUCAGGGCCAGUUAAAAUUUCAGGCACAGGUAAAUGCGGAACUGAAAAAUCUGCUCGUGGCAGCCGUUGGCGAGGAUUUGCAAACGAAGGUGAACGUGUUGACCGAGGACAAGCUGCAUCUGGCGCGCAAGUUGCUUAACUCGGCCGAAAAUCUAUCAUCGCACACCGAACAGAUCGAGUUCUUGGCCGGCCAGAGCGAGGUGUGGCGUAGCAAGUUUUUGGCCAGCAGCUUGAUGGUGGAAGAGUUGGCCCGCUGGAAGGCGAGCCUGUUGCAGCGCAACGGACUGCUGCUUGCGUCGAACAAAGAACAGCUCGAGGUCAUUUCGAAAGCGCGAGAAAUGACCGUCGACGUGCUGAAGCAUUUGCGCUUCCUGGCCAAUGAGAAGGAACCGCUCCAGCUGCAAUCGGCCACCAUACUUGAUCUGGCGUCCGAGUGCGUCAACAUAUCGCAGCAGCUGGCGCUACAGCAUUCCGCCCUCGGGAUGCCAACCAAUCUGGACGGAUUGAAGGCGCUCGAGAGCAUGACGGAUGCGGAGAAGCUGGCUGUGCAGGCGCUACAAAAUUCGCACCAAGCGUUGGUGCCGACCGAUGAAGCAUUUCGCGCGAUCGUUGGCCAAGCAUUUCCCUCCAUUCAUUCGUUAAAGCAACAGUCGGACUCGUCGCUCCUGUCGACUGGUUCGGAAGGCUUUGAGGUAAUCACCAAACCGGACCAUGAUUCGUUCGGCGAGCAAGCGCAUUGAAAUGCCAUGCUCUAUCGGUUGUGCGUGUGCGUGAGGAUCGUUUUGUUAAGCCAGCUCGACAGUUCAGUGCAAUCAAUGCGGGUUCAGCAUUCGGGAAUCUUUUUUAUACUAAUCCUUAGGAACUCUAUAUAAACCACUUAUACAUAAACAAAGCAAUAAAUCGUGACGAAACUGCUGAAUAAUUAUUGGUCUUGAGCAUAGAAUUUAGAAAUUAAUUAAACACUGAGCAUAGAAUAUAAAAGCCGCCCAACUC